GCUUUUAGAUUAAAAAAAUAAUAAAAGCCGACGUUACGCUGAGGUUGAAUCCUUAACGAAGGAUUUAUUUGCGGUUGAUCCUUGAUGCGCUGUCAGCGUGUGAUUGGAGCGUCGAAGGAAUGUGUUUGGUGAGAGGAAAAAAACGCGUUCAUUUCUCGAGUGUAGCCGAAAAAAAAAACCUUUCCUCCUCUCCCGGCGAUAACAAAGGCGACACUGCGAUCCGGUUUGUUCAAGGUAAAUCGCACCAUUUUAAGUGUAUUUUUUUGCAUUUGAAGUUACUGCAUGUCAAUUUAGCCGUGUUUAUGGGUUCGAUUGUUGGGAUCUAUUAGAGUUUUGGUUUAAAAUCGAUUUGGGGAUAAAAUUCAAAUUAGGGUUUUCGUGUCUAUGUUUUUUUUGUACAUUCGAUUCUUUGUUAAUCGAAUCGUUUGUGGGGAUCAAAUAGAUUUGGGGUUUAAAUUCGAAUUGGGAUUAAUAUCGAAUAAGGGUUUUCGUCUGUGAAUUUUUUGUCUUACAAAAUUCAUUUCGGGUUAAAAUACGAAUAGAUUUGAGGUUUGUUUAUGGAUUCGAUUCUGGGGAUGAAAUAGAUUUAGGGUUAAAAUACGAAUUAGGGUUUUCGUCUGUUCUUAUUAGUUUCUUGGUUGUUUACCCAGAGGUUUAGUAGGGAUUUUGAUCCGCUUAAACGUUAUUGGUCUUAUAGGUUCUGAAAUGGAGGACGAAUUGAGGGAUAUGAAAGCACACAAAGCAUACUACAACAUGCUUCAUUUCGUUGCAGAUGCGCAACAGGGGAUUCCCCAGCUGUGCCCCUGUGGAUCUAUCACGAAGGAGGUAGUCGAUGAAGAGGAUACAUAUGACUACCUCCCCGGCAAAAGAUAUUUCAUAUGCAAAGAUUACGAGGUUUGCAUUCUUCUGUCCAUAUUUAUCGAGCUCGUCCUUCCAUAUUUAUUUGUUGUUGGAUAAAUUGUUUUCUGUUUUCGCAGAAUGACGGGUUGCAUUUCAGACAACCAUGGGUUAUGGGGAUGCAACAAGAGGUUGAGAGACUGAAAGUACGUUUUCACGAGCAGGAGAAGCUUCUGCGAGAGUGCGAAUCACUUAAGGGGCAGGUGCGGAUGCUGCUUAAGCGGGUGGCUGAACUCGAAAAAAGAAACUUACCGGUUUCAAACUCAGGUUAGUGUUUGAACUUACCAGUUAAAAUUCAAAUGGAAAUUAGUUUGUAGUUAGAAAAGAAACUAGGAUUGUGUAACCGUGUAACUUUAGUAGUUGAGAAUAGUUGAAAACAAGCUAGAAUAGUUAAUGUUUCUGAGCAAAUAACUUGCAAGUUUGUAGAUAGGAAACAACUAGGAUUAUUAAUGCACACCAAACCCAUUUAAUUAUGCGUAACUGCAUUGUUUCCUUUAAGCCUAAAACCCAUUUAAUUGUGGUGAGCUGUUCUGAUAGGACUGUUUUCUACUAGGAUUCAAUAGAGUCAUUAUUUAAUCACCUGUGUUUCUACUAGAGAAACACAGUUUUCUUCCUAAAUGGCGAGAUCCGGUGGUUAUGUAAACCUCGUAAUGAGUCAAGGGCCAGUUAAUCUGGACCCCUGCGACCCUCCUCUCUUUACCGGCCAAAGUUCUGGUGUGUCUAGUGUCAAAGAGAGAAGAAAAUGGACAGUGAAAGAUGAUUUAAUCCUCAUCGGUGCGUGGCUCAACACCAGCAAAGACCCCAUUGUGAGUAAUGAACAAAAGGUAGGUGCCUUCUGGAACAGGAUUGUAGAGUACUACAACUCCAGUCCUCAACUGGUUGGGACCGCCCCACGAGAACUUGGGCCAUGCAAGCAAAGAUGGGCUAGGAUCAACGAGGGAGUUUGCAAGUUUGCUGGUUGUUACGACAUGGCACUGAGGGAGCAGAGAAGCGGGCAAAAUGAGAACGAUGUGAUGAAGUCUGCGUUGGAUAUAUUUGCCAAUGACCAGGGAUCGAAGUUCAACUUCGAACAUGCGUGGAGGGAACUUCGGCAUGAUGUGAAGUGGUGCUCAACAUAUCUGGAGAAGGACAAACGCAAACCAGCGGAUUCCCAACCCGACGGUGAAGGGGCAGUGCCUGAGCCAGAGCCAGAAGAGCGACCAAUAGGGGUUAAGGCUGCAAAGGCUGGUAGCAAGAGGAAGAAAACUGGAAAAGAGGAGGAGUUGGCGAAGCUGGAAAAUUUGAUGGAGUUAAAAAAGAAAAUAUCCCAGCAGAGUUUGCUUGAGAGUUUGCUUACAAAGCCCGAUCCUCUCUCUGAGAUGGAAUCAGCUCUGAAAAACAAACUUCUGUCUGAAUUGCUGUAGGGUUUGUUUAGCUCUAACCUAAGUUUCAGCUGUUUCCAUUAGACUAGUUAAAACAAAAACUUGUCUUCUGUUUCCAUUAGAGUUUGCUUGAGAGUUUGCUUACACACGUGAAUUUCUUCUGUUUCAGGUGAAGUACAAGACGAUGUCACGGGUUGAAGACAAAAGCUGGUAUCAAGUCACGGGUUUGUAUGCUCUGUUUGUAUUUUCAUGUCACUAGACCAUGUCACGGGUUGUUUGUAUGUUGCCUUUAUAAAUCUGCUUGUAGACUCAAAUGUUAUGCUAUUUCCUUUGCUCUUCUGCUUCCUUUGUACUCUCUAAAAACGGAUGUAAUGGUGAUUUAGUGGAAUCUAUUUCCUUUGCUCUUAUGCUAUCUCGUUUGCAAUUGUUUCAACAACAACGAUCCCAGCUUUAAAGAAGAAACCUUCCCACCUUCAUCUUCAUCACCGAUAGGUAUGAGUUAAUUGUAGUAGUUUAGUUCAAAUUAGUUAGGUAAUUAUAUGAACCAUCAAUUGUUUAAUAUAAUGCUGUUUUAAAAAAAAAUUAAGUUAGGAUUAUUUCAUUUAUAUAUGUCGACAAACGUGACAUCAAUUGUUUAAUAUGAACCAUCAAUUGUUUAAUAUAAUGCUGUUUUAAAAAAAAAUGAAGUUAGGAUGUCGACAAGAUUGUUUAAUAUAAUGCUGUUUUUCAAAAUAAGUUCUGAUUAUGUCGACAAGAUCACAACAAUAUAUAUACCCAGAAAAAAUUAUAAAAACGUUUAUUUGUUAUAAUGUUUGAAGGAAGGAUAGCCUAAUAUGGCAGAUGAAACCGACCGAAGACUCGAUGCGGCUGUCAAUGAGGCUUUUGAUGAAUAUUUUGAAGAAACAUACAACAGUAUUCUGGAGAAUCGAACUACAAAAAAAAAGAAACGUGCGUACGUCGAAAGAAACCGAGAAGCGGGCCACAGCCGUCUAUGGAAUGACUAUUUUAGUGAAGCUCCGACAUUUCCGCCUCAUUUAUUCAGACGCCGUUUCCGCAUGAGCAAGGAAGUAUUCAUGCGGAUUGUCGACACCCUCUCAGCAAAUGCUCCAUUUUUUCAACAAAGAAGAGAUGCAGUCGGAAGGUUAGGUCUAUCAACAUUACAAAAGUGUACUGCAGCUAUCCGUAUGCUUGCGUACGGCUCUGCGGCUGACGCCGUCGACGAAUAUCUCCGACUAGGUGAAAGCACAUCACUUUCAUGUUUAACAAAUUUCACAGAAUGUAUAAUACAACUAUUUGGAAAUGAGUAUCUACGAAGACCCACUCCAGAGGAUCUUCAGCGACUACUCGAUAUUGGAGAGAUACGCGGCUUUCCGGGGAUGAUAGGAAGCAUCGAUUGUAUGCAUUGGGAAUGGAAGAAUUGCCCAACAGCUUGGAAAGGACAGUACACACGUGGAUCGGGAAAGCCGACAAUUGUCUUGGAGGCUGUAGCUUCACAAGAUCUUUGGAUAUGGCACGCCUUUUUUGGUCCUCCAGGUACAUUAAACGAUAUUAACGUCCUUGAUCGGUCACCUGUUUUUGAUGACAUUUACCAAGGCCGCGCUCCAAGGGUAACAUACAUGGUCAACGGACACCAGUAUGAUUUGGCUUACUACCUCACUGACGGUAUAUAUCCAAAAUGGUCAACAUUUAUCCAGUCCAUCACACUCCCUCAAGGUCCUAAAGCAGCGUUAUUUGCUAAAGUUCAAGAAGCUACCCGGAAAGAUGUGGAACGUGCUUUUGGUGUAUUGCAAGCUCGAUUUGCGAUAGUGAAAAACCCAGCUCUAUCAUUGGACAAGGAAAAAAUAGGGAAUAUUAUGAGAGCGUGUAUCAUACUACACAAUAUGAUCGUCGAAAACGAAAGAGGUGGUUACACUCAGUACGAUACAUCGGAAUUUGAAGAAGGAGAGUCGAGCAGAAGUUCACAUGUAGAGCAUACUAACAACAUGCCUUCACAUUUCGGUAAUAUGCUUGGUCUACGGAAUCAUGUUCGAGAUAGGCGUACACACGAAGCAUUGAAAAAUGAUUUAAUCGAAAAUAUUUGGAACAAGUUUGGUAAUGAUGAAGAUGUUUAAUUAUUGUAUGUUUGCUUUUAAUCAUUGAAUAAAAAAAAUUAAAUUUUUUAAAAAAAUUAAUAAUUUUUAAUUCCUAAGGACUCC